AACGCAAACACGACGAUCUGACCAGGCCCCAUGGCCGAGAACAUCUACAGUAAGGGAACGAGAGUUUGGUUCGAAGAUAAAGACCAGGCUUGGAUAUCUGCCGAGGUCGUAGCCGUCUCCAAAGCUUCGGAUGAUGCCAUCCAGCUCGAUUUCCUUGAUGAACGAGGCAAGGAGUUGACGAUCAAUACGACCCUAAAGAAUAUCAAGGAUGGCAAAGGUCUCCCUCCCUUGCGAAACCCGCCACUACUAGAAACUGCCGAUGAUCUGGCCACAUUAUCCCAUCUGAAUGAACCUUCAGUUUUGCAUACAAUCAGAAAUCGUUACGCCCAGCACAGCAUCUACACUUAUAGCGGGAUAGUUCUCAUUGCUGUCAACCCGUUCCAGAGAGUCACACUAUAUGGGCCAGAAAUCAUACAAGCCUAUAGCGGUCGCAAGAGGGGUGAACUGGAACCGCACCUUUUUGCCAUCGCCGAAGAUGCAUACACUGCCAUGGGGAAGGAUGGCAUGGGUCAAACGAUCAUCGCAAAGUUUAUCAUGCGUUACCUUGCUUCUGUGAAUCCUCCUGGUUCGACGAAGUCGAAGACAAAAUUCUCGCUCGACGAAUCUAGUGAAAUAGAACGUCAGAUUUUAGCAACAAAUCCAAUUCUAGAAGCAUUUGGUAAUGCCAAAACGACGCGGAAUGAUAAUUCAUCACGUUUUGGAAAAUAUAUCCAGAUUUUGUUCGACGGCAAGCAAGAAAUAGUAGGCGCCCGUAUUCGGACCUACCUCCUAGAGCGAUCCCGCAUUGUUUUUCAGCCGCUCACUGAACGCAAUUACCAUAUCUUCUAUCAGUUAUGCGCCGGUGCACCUAUGAAAGAACGUAAAGAUCUUGGACUGGAUACGGAUGUUGGAAAAUUUCACUAUUUAAAACAAGGGGGGACGGCCUCUACGCCAAUUAGCGGAGUGGAUGACUCUGAAGAAUUUCGCGCCACACAACACGCGCUUUCCACUGUUGGAAUAAGCGUCGAAAAGCAAUGGGCAGUUUUUCGACUACUCUCCGCGUUGCUUCACCUUGGGAAUGUCAAAGUUACACAGACACGAUCGGAUUCAGCUAUCAACGAAGAUGACCCUUCUCUCAUCUUGGCCACUCGCUUUUUGGGCGUAAAUCUUCCAGAAUUCAAGAAAUGGACGAUUAAGAAACAAAUUACAACGCGCUCGGAAAAGAUAGUGACAUCUCUCAAUGCUGCGCAAGCCACCGUUGUCAGGGACAGUGUGGCAAAGUUCGUAUAUGCGUGCUUAUUUGAAUGGCUGGUUGCCGUAGUCAAUGAAAGUCUGGCUGGAGAAAAUGGUGACGCAGCUGAACGUGCUGAAAUGUUCAUUGGAGUGUUGGAUAUCUAUGGUUUCGAGCAUUUUCAGAAGAAUUCAUUUGAACAAUUCAGCAUCAACUAUGCCAAUGAAAAGUUACAGCAGGAAUUUAAUUCCCAUGUUUUCAAACUUGAACAAGAAGAAUAUAUGAAAGAAGAGAUCAACUGGACUUUCAUAGAGUUCUCAGACAACCAACCAUGCAUCGAUGUGAUAGAAGGAAAACUUGGCGUGCUUGCGCUUCUUGACGAAGAAUCGCGUUUACCUUCAGGAAGUGACGCGUCCUUUUUGCAAAAGCUCAACACACAGUUGUCAAAGCCUGCCAACAAAGCCGUUUUCAAAAAACCAAGGUUUGGAAAUUCGGCAUUCACGAUUGCCCAUUAUGCUCUAGAUGUUACGUAUGAAGUAGAUGGCUUUUUGGAAAAAAACCGCGACACCGUUCCGGACGAACAUAUGGCACUACUUGGCUCGACGAGAAACUCAUUUUUAAAGGAGAUCCUUGAUAUAGCCCUAGGAUCCGCGAAAUCAGUAGAGCCCGUUCACCCGAGUUCACCUGCCUUUUCCGACUCUGGCAGCGGGGGAUCUCGUCGAUCGUCGAUCAUUCCAGACCCAGGGCGACAAUCUUUUGUUACAUCGACCUCUACCUCUAUGGGAGCCAAGCGGGGCUUUGUGGUGAAAAAACCAACACAGGGUUCUAUUUUCAAGGCAUCCUUGAUAACCCUUAUGGACACUCUAAGCGUAACCAACGUGCAUUAUAUCAGAUGCAUAAAGCCGAAUGAAGCAAAAAAACCAUGGGAGUUCACACCUCAACAAGUUCUUGGCCAGCUUCGGGCAUGUGGAGUCCUAGAAACGAUUCGCAUUAGCUGCGCUGGGUAUCCCUCACGUUGGACGUACGAGGAAUUUGCAGAACGGUAUUACAUGCUCGUACCCUCAUUGGAUUGGCAACCGAUGAUCCAGAAUUUAGAGUUAAAACCUCUCUGUUCCCUUGUCCUACAGAAAACUAUUAAUGAUCCCGACAAGUACCAAAGCGGUCUGACGAAAAUUUUCUUCAGGGCAGGGAUGCUAGCAGCAUUAGAAUCUCUUCGUGCCAACAGGCUCAACGCUCUUGUGACGAUUGUGCAAAAAAAUAUGCGCAGGCAUAUGGCAGUCAAGGAUUACCGCCAACUACGUCGGGCUACAAUUCGGAUUCAGACUUGGUGGCGGGGUAUACUUGCUCGGAGUUUAGUAGAAAGCAUCAGGAAGAAUGUGUCUGCAAGACGGUUGCAGACUGCACUGAGGUGUUACAUACACCGCAAGAAAUUCUUGGAUAUACGAAAUGCGAUGACCAUCUUCCAGAGUCGUGCUCGCGGUGCCCACGCUCGUCAGCUUUUCAAGGAGAUGAGAACGUCUCACGCAGCAAUACGGUUACAAAGUCUUUGCCGUGGACUGUUAUGCCGUCGCACUUUUGGAUCUGAUUUAAAACAUGUCAUCUACCUACAGUCGUGCAUCAGGCGCCGAUUGGCCCGAAAGCACUUGAAAAAUCUCAAAGCCGAAGCACGUUCCGUAUCGAAGUUCAAAGAGAUAUCCUAUCGUCUAGAAAACAAGGUAGUCGAGUUAACUCAAAAUUUACAAAAGCGAACAGAGGAAAAAAAGACGUUACAAGCACGAUUGUCAGAGGUGGAACAACAGCUACAACAUUGGUCAUCUAGAUAUGAGGAAUGCGAUGGAAAAGUAAAGCAACUGCAGUCUGCUUUGUCGAAGUCUGAAGUUGCGCUUUCUCAGAGAGACGAACUUCUUACUGCGAAGGUAGACGUGGAAAGGCGGCUUGAAGAUUUUACUGCAAAGGCAGCAGAAAGGGAGGAGACCAUUCAAAAACUCACAGAGGAGUUGACGCGCCAAAGCACUCAGCUCGAAGCGCAACAGAAAUCCAUCGACAUGGCACCCUCUCGGGUUAAUGAGGACAGUUCUAUCAUUGCCACACUUAAAAACGAAGUCAGCAACCUUCGCGAACAGCUCAAUCGCGCAAACGCCCUCAAUGCUCUGACACGAGGUACUCGAGCAGAGCCUCCCAAUUCACCUACAUUUUCGCCUGCACUGCGCAUCGCUGAUUCGAACAAUGGAGCCAAUGGGUCUGCGUUAGCGGCGCCCUCGACCCAUCAGCGAAGACACAGCUCUGCAGGCGUGUAUUCGCUGUCUCCUCUAGAUGGCCGAACAUCUGCAGACGAUAUGCUUGAUGCGAAGAAGAAUCACAUACUAAAUCCUCGCGCAGUAUCAGUUGCUUACAAUGGCGAGGACAAAGUACUUCGGCUGCGCACAAACGGCUUAUCCGAAAUUCGUGACAACGAUGACCCCGCGGAAGAAAAAAUCAAACUCAUGCAGGAUGUUAAACGUUUGGAUGAAGAUGUUCUAGAUGGCUUAAUCCGGGGUUUGAAGAUUCCAGUGCCUAGUCUUACUAAUCCAUCUGCUGUUAAGGAAAUCCUUUUCCCAGCUAAUCUUAUCAGUCUUGUUACUAACGAGAUGUGGAAGUAUGGUUUAAUUCCGGAAAGCGAGAGAUUCCUGGCCAACGUGAUGCAGACUAUUCAAGCCCAUGUUAUGUCUUUUUCCAGCGAAGAAGCCAUCGUUCCUGGGAUUUUCUGGCUAUCAAACGUCCACGAGAUGUUAUCCUUCAUCUGCGUUGCUGAAAGUGACAUGCUUCAAGGUAUAGGGCCUGGCGAAGAGAAUGCUGUACGGCCUUUCGAUUGGAAUGACUAUGAGCGGCUCGUGACUGUCGUCAAGCACGACCUCGACAGUCUCGAGUAUAACAUAUACCAUACUUGGAUGCAAGAGACGAAGAAGCGUUUAUCCAAAAUGGUGAUACCGGCGUUAAUCGAAAGUCAGUCAUUACCGGGUUUCACGACCAGUGAUGGCGGGGGACGACUAUUCAACCGUCUUCUCAAUACAAAUAAUCACCCGGCCUUUGGCAUGGACGAUAUCCUGAAUCUGUUGAAUAAAGUAUGGAAGAGUCUAAAAAGCUAUUACAUGGAAGAUUCGGUGGUGCAGCAGAUUGUUACUGAGCUGCUCAAAUUAAUCGGGGUUACUAGUUUUAAUGAUCUUUUGAUGAGACGCAAUUUCUCUUCAUGGAAGCGAGCGAUGCAAAUUCAGUACAAUAUCACACGCAUAGAAGAAUGGUGCAAAUCACAUGACAUGCCAGAAGGGAUGCUGCAACUCGAGCACUUGAUGCAAGCUACGAAGCUUCUGCAACUGAAGAAGGCAACUCCAGCAGACAUAGAGAUUAUUUACGAUGUUUGUUGGAUGUUGAGUCCAAUGCAAAUACAGCGCAUGUGCACGAACUAUUAUGUGGCCGACUACGAGAGUCCCAUUUCUCCUGAAAUUUUACGAGUAGUGGCUUCUCGGGUGCAAGCUAAUGAUCGUAACGAUCACCUUCUACUAUCUCCCGAAACGGAAGAAGUUGGUCCAUACGAAUUGCCACUACCGCGAGAGGUGUCUGGCCUGGAGACCUAUGUACCUGCAUAUCUAAAUGUAGCACACCUUCGCAGAUUGGCCGCCCUGGUUGCAUAAUUGCUUUACUUCGAUGUUUCUGUUUAUUAUGACUGCAUAGAUAGGUUUCAUAAUGGCCCGCAGGCAGGCACUCAUACUCGCACCACAUGAAUUUAGGUGGCCACGAUGACAUGAGGAAUCGAGCGGAGCUCAAUCAUAACCUCUCUCUUUUUUGUGGAGGUUAACUUGCAAGGUUAUAUGUAGUCUAGUCCAAUAUAAUGUUCCAUUCUGUGGUUA